AUGCAAACCAAGCUUUUCACCGCGAUUGCGCUCCUCAGCGCCGUGGCCUCAAUCCAGGCCAAGCCUACACGGAUAACGAAGCGCGAUGUCCUCACGGCUCUACCUGAGAGUGCUGACGACAUUGAGCUCAAGUUCCAACCGAAACUUGACUUUGACACCGAUGGCUGCUACAACACAGCCGCCAUUGACCCUGAUGGCAACACCAACCCCGGCCAUGAUGCCACUGGCACCCCCCAGGGAGACUGCCGUGAUCCUCAUCAACUCGAGAACAGCAACGCCUACUCUCGGAAACGCUGCAACAACGGGUUCUGCGCUAUCAUGUAUGAGUACUACUUUGAAAAGGAUCAGGCUGCUUUAGCCACAUACGGUGCUGGGCAUCGUCACGACUGGGAGAACAUCAUCGUCUUCGCUCAAGGCGAAAACGUCGUGCGGGUUGCCACAUCCUGUCACUCUGGGUUCAGCGACGCCAGCAACGAGUUCCCCGCAGACGGCACAAACCCCUUGGUUGUGUACCACAAGGAUGGAGGACAAACCCACUGCUUCCGUUUCGCAAAUGACGCUGAUAUUGGCGGCGUUGAGAACUACUCGGGCUCUUUCUACCGCAGCCCGCUCGUCGGCUGGGACCACUGGCCUAACGUUGGCCUCCGAGACAAGUUGCUCAGCACUUGGAGUGGAGGUGUUGGACCUAAGUUGGAUACUGAGUUUGGUGACAAGCUCAAGCAAGCUGCAGGUGAUGGUGUUGCUGGUUUUGACCCCUACCUUGACGCCUGA